GAGACGCGCGUGUCGUCCGCACCGCGCCGGAACCCCGUCGUCCCUGCCGCGCCCCGCGCCGGGACGCGUCGCCAGGGACCCAGGGCCGCCCCACCCCCACGGGGAGUCGGGUCCCCCGGGAUCUCCUAGGCGGGGCGUGCUGGCCAGAGACGCCAAGUGGAACAGGUGCGACACCCCCACGUCCCUGGACUCCCAUUAUCAGCAGGCGGCGCAGGGCACACCUGGAGCCCCGCAACCCUCCACCUGCUCCCUCCUUCUUGUCUGGGCAAAGGGGACUCCUGGGGCCUAUCAGCCUCCAGCUGGGCCACACCCUGUUGGUUCUGGGCACCCACACACUGAAGUGCAGUCUGGGCCGUACAGACUCAAGGAUCCCUUUAAGCUUACUGGUGCAGACUGAAUGUGGGGUUGGGGGAAUGUGUCUGGGGGACCUGAGACCCAGACAAUUCUGCAGGUUCCUAUGACUGGGCAAAGAAAAGAUACUGAAGAAACAGAAAGUGGGCUCUGAGAGAUUUCUUAAUCUUGACAUCCAAAGGAGACCUAGGGAUGGGAGGGGAUGUUGGUUAGCCAAGGCAGGUGGCUGGUGAGCCUGGCCUUCAGCUGAGGACAGCAGGACCGACCGAAGGCCCGGAUCUGAGUAAGGAAGUUGAGCAGAACAGUGUCUUUCUUUUCCGGGAAUAACCAGGGAUCAUAUCCACCUUUGCUUUUCUGAGUAGCAGGUGACUGUUAAGGCUGCGGCAUUGGGCUAGUGGCCACACUGACCCAUUCAUUACCUUUCCAAAGCAAGACCCUGCAAGGAGGCCCAGGAAGCCAGGGAGACCCACCCCUGCCCUGCAGGAAGUGUGUAGUGUUAGGUAGGAAAAUUACUUGUCCUUAGCUGGGGAUAGCUUCAGCUGCCAGCAGCCUGAAACCUCCAUAGAUGCCUACUCAUCCAGGGAGGGCGGAUGGCCUUUGGUCAGCCUGGCCUUGUGUGUAGGUGAAGUAGGGGGCAGGAGAAGGUUGGGAUCUACGGGUGAUGUAACACAUCUAACCAGGACACCCCUCCACCCCCCUGAUUUAUUGGAAUCAACUCAAAUAACAUGUUGAAGGUUCCUGGUCUCAGUAAGGCCAGUUCUCCCUCCUUUGGCUCCCAGCAUUCCUUGGGUGGGGAAGAGAAAGAGGGUACCCUAUCCUCAGGAAAGAAACGACCCAGUCAUGCCUUUUAUAAAUGGUCAGUAACCCUGCCAAUGAGGGCUAUAUCAUACCAUCCUAUGGCUCCACACAGGCCAUACAUGGUGCCACAUGUUUGAAAAGAUACUCUUGGGCCAGCCAGAUGACAGCCUUGACCCCACAUCCCUGACUCUGCUGGCCCCUGCCCUCCUUAAGGGCCCAUGGAUGGAGUAGUGGCUACCAAGACCCUGUACCACUAUUCCCAACCUGGUCCACCUGGCCACAGGCUCCUCUGCUGGAGUCCUCCAUCCCUUCUAGGCUUCAUCCUUUCUUACUGUCUCCACCCUGAUGAAAACCUGUCCUUUUCCAGAGCUUUGGUGACAUGUCCCAUCUCCAAGACCAAGCCCUGAGAUGGAACGGGUGGUCGUGAGUAUGCAGGACCCCGACCAGGGCGUGAAGAUGAGGAGCCAGCGCCUUUUGAUCACCGUUAUUCCCCACGCGGUAGCGGGCAGAGACCUCGUGGAAUGGCUGGUCCAGAAGUUCUGCAUCGCGGAGGAGGAGGCCCUGCACCUGGGCACACUCCUGGCGAAGCACGGCUACAUCUACCCACUGCGUGAGUCCCGAGACUUGACGCUCCGGCCGGAUGAGACGCCCUACAGGUUCCAGACACCCUACUUCUGGACAAGCACUCUGUGGCCAGCUGCUGAGCUGGACUAUGCCAUCUACCUGGCUAAGAAGAACAUCCAGAAACAAGGGGCCCUGGUGGACUAUGAGAAGGAACAUUAUGCCCAGCUGCACAAGAAGAUCAACCAUGCAUGGGAUCUAGUAGUGAUGCAGGCUCGAGAGCAGCUGCGGGCAGCUAAGCAGCGCCGGAAGGGAGACAGGCUGGUGAUUUCGUGUCAGGAGCAGACGUACUGGCUGGUGAACAAGCCCCCUGUGAGUCCUCGUGUGGUGAGGGCAGAGGGGGCUCCCUGGCUGUCAAAAGAGCCUGGGGCACCGAACAUUCUGGAGCAGGGUCCUGAGAAGGGCUCUUACAGCUCCAGUCGACUGCAGAUGAGCUCAGAUUUCUACAAGUGUGAGAUCGAGCGCUUCAGGAAGGCGUUGGUCAGGAACCGGGUGAAGUCCUCUGUCUGCCUCGAGGCGUACCUGAAGUUCAGCAGCCAGCAUGGCCCGCACGAUCCCAUCAUGUCAGGGUGCCUGCCCAGCAACCCUUGGAUCACGGACGAUGUCACCUACUGGGCCAUGAAUGCGCCCACGGUGGCUGCCCCCACAAAGCUGCGUGUUGAGCGCUGGGGCUUCAGCUUCCGGGAGCUCCUGGAUGACCCCGUGGGGCGUGGCCACUUCAUGGAUUUUCUCCAGAAGGAGUUCAGCGCGGAAAACCUCAGCUUCUGGGAGGCAUGCGAGGAACUGCGCUUUGGCGGGCAGGCCCAGGUCCCUGAGCUGGUGGAUGCUGUCUAUCAGCAGUUCCUAGCCCCUGGAGCUGCCCGCUGGAUCAACAUUGACAGCCGGACGAUGGAGUGGACCCUGGAGGGGCUUCGCCAGCCGCACCGCUAUGUCCUCGACGCAGCCCAGCUGCAUAUCUACAUGCUCAUGAAGAAGGACUCCUACCCGAGGUUCCUGAAGUCUGACAUAUACAAGGGCCUGCUGGAGGAAGCUGUGAUCCCGCUGGAGACCAAGCGCCGGGCAUUUCCAUUCUUGCGGAAGCCUCUGCACUCAAGUCCCAGCCCUGCUCUGCAAUCUACCCCUGGGGAGCCUCCAGCAACCAGCACCCCUGCAGGUGGCAAUGGGGAGGAGUAGAUGGAUCUUGCGGGUCACCUCAGCUUACCAUCACCCGCCUGACACCCUGUGGAGUCAUGCUGUCCUGGAUACUGGUCCCCGAGCACUGGUGUCUCCUGUGUAGAGAUCCCAGCCUUGCUAUGAGGGCCCUGAGUCUCCACUAAAAUCCCUACACACCCCCUUAGAAGAGACUGGUCCAGCCACUGAUUCCUAGCAAGGAGAUUUCAUUGACUAAGCCUUACCAGGAUAGGACUUGUUCAAGGAAGGUAAAAUCAAGGUCCUCAAAGUUCCUGGUACUUUGUAGUCAGAAGUAGGUGGUCACCUCAUUUCUAGAAUAUCAAGUCUUUGACACAUCAAGAGAUAUUGGUCUCUGGCCAUGCCGUCCCAUCGAGGAUGGCUCCACUGCUGGGUAGGUCCCCUAUUCUGCCGAAGCUAAACCCAGUGGCUUCUCAGUAGACUGUAUCUGCAGGCACCACAUUCACCGCUAUCCACGGCAUCUCUUCCACCUGUCUUACCAGAUCUGAGAAAGGCAGUUCCUGCUGUCGUCCUGACUGUGGUCCCUUAGGUCUUUGCCAAGGAACAGUCUCCCUAACCAGGCUGUCCUCUGUGCUACCUACCUCCUUCUGCCAUGCAGCUCCCAGGCAGGCUGCUCUCCAGUCUCUCCUCACAACUCAUUUCCACAGAAAUAAAAGAUUCAGGUCCUGACUUAGUCCGUUCUCCUGUGGGUCCAGCUUGGCCCAAGUCCAUGGCUCGAGUAUCUGUGACACAACCCAUGGGUGGCGUGCAGUGUGAGUGG